UGGAAAACGCAGAAGACGCAAAUGGCGGCAGCGAUAACAGCGAAUUGGGCGUUUGUUGCUGCAAGGCGUGGACGACGACAAUGGGGAACCAUUCCUUUGUCCUGUAGUUCGGGACCAAACACAAGAAAGCUUGUUCUAUACUCCAAACCAGGAUGCUGUCUCUGCGAUGGCCUCAAAGAGAAGCUUCAAGCUGCUUUCUCUCUCUCUGGUCCUGAUUCGCUCAACCACGUUACUCUUCAGGUAAGAGAUAUCACUACGAAUCCUGAGUGGGAAAUGGCUUAUCAGUAUGAGAUACCAGUCCUGGCCAAAGAGAAUGCUGACGGCAAAGAGGAGAUUUUGCCAAGGUUGUCUCCACGUUUAAGUGUGGAAAUUAUACAUAAGAAGAUACUUGCUGCUUUUAGUUGAUCAAUUUACGUGCACGACUAUGGAAACAAAGAUAUGAAAACCUGUGUAAGGUGCUGCGAUGCAACUUCUCGGUAACAUCUUGGAACACAUCAUUCUAUUUCUCUUUGUCAAAAACUGAAAGCAAGUUUGCUCAUGUAAGCAUUCAUUAUCUUCGAUUACAAUAUUUGCUAGUUGUGUAAUCUUCUAUGCCUGGCGAUCAAACACAUUACUAUAUUAAAAAAUCAAGCAUACGCUUUUCUAAUGAUGACUGAAACACUUGUUAAACUUUUUUUAUAUAUAUUUUCAAUCA